UGGUCUGAUCUACCGGCAUCCCGAACACAGCUGAAGGAGCGUCUUCAAGAUGCUCUUAUGCCAAAUGAACGCGAAUCGCUGGACGAUUGUCACUUUCGCUACUAUAACUUGGGUGGAGGAGGUGCAGUGGCUCCCGCUUUCGGUAGCCCCGCGUAUCUCCGGGAAUUUGCGCAUAUGGCAGCCAUUGGAUGGUCGCAAAAGGAUGGACGUAUUCGGUGGAGUUGUGGUGGUUCAUUGAUUUGGGAAAAUUUUGUGCUAACGGCUGCUCACUGUGCCGCAGAUCAAGACAAUAUAGCACCCGAUGUAGUGCGUCUCGGAGACAUCGAUCUGUACAACGAUACGGAUGAUGCAUUUGCCCAGCAGUACAAAAUAGUAGAGAUCAUUCGCCAUCCUGAUCAUCGGUUUAUAGCCAAGUAUCAUGAUGUGGCGUUGCUGAAGCUUGACCAACAUGUGACGUAAGUUGUUUGUGAUAUUUUAGGUUUCGCUCAAUUGAACGAGACCGUUGUGCCGGCAUGCUUGUGGAACGAGGAGGAAAUCAGGUUCCCGGUGCUACAGGCUGCAGGCUGGGGAGCUACUGGUUUCGGACAAGCUCAAACGCCGAGCUUAUUGAAGGUGUCACUACGGCCAGUUGAGAAGGAGCUAUGCAAUCGGCACUAUCAAGUAGGUGAUCGUGGCUUGAAGGAGGGUCUCAAAGCGGAACAAAUGUGCGCUGGCGAUAUUAAGAUGGAUACCUGUCCCGGUGACUCGGGAGGUCCGCUUGAGGUGAAGCUACUUCACAACACCAAAGUGACCCCGUUCAUUGUGGCCAUAACCUCGUUUGGUAGCGCUUGUGGUCAAUCAUUGCCCGGAGUCUACACAAAGAUAGCGAGUUACAUACCGUGGAUACGAUCCGUAUUGGAGGCGCACGGCGAGGAAGCCCCCGAGUGGAAGUUCAGACCGUAUUCCUGUGCCCUUCGAUAUGUGACGUUACGCGAGUACGAACCAGAUGUAGUAGCAAGCAAGACCGAGUUGACGGAAUCUGUAGAUCUACAGGACGUGCAUCUACAACUGGGCGAACCUACGUCAACCGUAGUCCUUGGUUGGGACGAAGGGACGGAAGGUGCCGACAAUUGUCACGGCGUGCUGAUUGAUGAUGAAACCGUUGUCACAUUGGCACAAUGCACUUCGUUCAAAGGGAAACCUCCGACGCACGUGACAGUGACGGAUAGCGGAUAUGAUCGAUACGAAAUAUCGAACAUUUAUAACCAUCCGGAGUAUCGGAAGGGAUCAUUAUACAAUAACAUCGCCAUCGUUAAGCUGAACGGAUCAUUGAAUUUCCAUAAGUACCUAUUACCGGCAUGUUUGUGGCCUCAUUCUGCGCUUCCGGACGAUCGAUUCGAGGUUCUAGGUCGCGGUCGCCGGGAUCUCAAUGAGCUUUACUUGUAUCAAACACCAACUACAGACGGCGUGUCAAAGAGUUUACUUUCGCGAGCGGAUCUACAUCAAGGGAUCAAUUGUUCACUACCGUCUAUGUAUUUGGCUCGUUUAGCGAUGGGUCUGAGCGAGGAACAUCUGUGCUUUGGAAACGCACCCUUUCUGGUGCCUGAAACCUGUGAGCUGAUGUAUGGUGGUGCGGUGCAGCGGAAUGUGUUCCGUUUGCAGAAGUACUUCAAGCAUCUGUUUGGUCUUAACCUGCUGGGGCGUGACUGUGGGUACGGACAGUCGGCCAUUGCCGUACGGAUAGCCAGCCACAUGGAGUGGUUGAGCAAGAUGUUGCUUACCAAUCGGCCUCACGAAGCGGCAAGCGCAGUUAGGUUCUAUAACAGCGACUUGACACCGGGAGAUCAUUGUCAACUGCCGUAUGGUGCCGGUUCUGGACAGUGUACUGAGGUGAACCAUUGUCCAAAGAUCCGCUAUGAUAUAGAAAUAGAGCGACAAGUCUCGUUCUGUGGUAAUGCGUCGAUCGUUUGCUGUCCAUUGCAUCAUAUAAGGAAUGUUACCCACAAGCUGUCACCUAGUGCCGCCCAGAACGAACUCGACGACUGUGAAUCGCGAUAUAAGUCAGUUCAUCGUAAGACUUAUCUUUUCUAUGAAGAACGCGAUGACAGGGACAAGGACGAGACAGAACGGGAUCAGUACCCUCACGUGGUGAUCGUCAUGUGGCAGGGCGAUGAUGAUUUUUUCUACGAGUGUGUCGGUACACUGAUCACGCAAAGCGCUGUCCUGUCGACGGCCGAAUGUCUCUCACUGAUUCGCACCAAGCAGGCCAUUGUGGUGCUGGGCUUCAACAGCACAUCAGCGACGCUUCCGGUGCAAGAGGUCGUCAUACACCCUCAGUACGAUGCCUCUAUGAUGCGCAACGAUAUCGGGUUGGUGAAGAUUCGCGGUAAGGUUGAGCCAACUACGGGUAAAGUACCGGCAUGUGUAUGGCAGAAUCAAACACAUACACCGUUCCGGUUGAAACAGUUCAUGCAUACGGAGACGCAGUAUCUGAACAGCUAUCCAAUGUACAACAAGGAUUGCGAGAGCUACAAACACUACGGUAAUCGAAGUGUUGAACCGACGCAGCUCUGCCUGAGUCUCGAAAGCGCGCACAAUCCCAUUAGACCUGGCGAACCCGCGUUUUGGCAGAAAGAGCUGGACGAUGCGGCCGGUUAUGUGGUGCAGUACUUGGUGGGAUUUGUUAGCUACGUGUUUCCGAUGAUGACGGUGCACACACGGAUUGAGUCGUACGUCGACUGGAUCAAGAGUGUGCUCUAA